UCCCACGAUGCAGGGCUGGGCAGCAAGUGGCAGGUGUAUGUGGGCAUCAUGCUCUUCGCAAUCGCAGUCAAGUCAGCGCUCUAUUUCUACUGCCGCAUGUUCCCCAACAACGACAUUGUCAUGACAUAUGCCCAGGACCAUUUUUUUGACGUGGUCACCAACAGCGUUGGGCUGGGCGCGGCUGUGCUCGCAGGGGCCCUUGCCUGGUGGAUCGACCCUGUCGGUGCUAUCUUGCUCGCCCUCUACACUAUGGUUAACUGGGGCCGCACAGUCCUUGAGAACGUCAACUCGCUGACGGGACGGUCGGCGCCGCCCGAAUUCCUGCAGAAGAUAACGUACCUGUGCUGGAACCACCACGAGGCCAUCCUCGCUAUAGACACCGUGCGCGCAUACACCUUUGGCACGCUCUACUUCACUGAAGUGGAUGUGGUGCUUCCCAGAGACAUGCCCUUAGAGGAGACACACGACAUAGGGGAGGCCCUUCAGAACAAGCUGGAGAGACUGCCUGAGAUCGAGCGUGCCUUUGUGCAUCUGGACUAUGAGGUUGAGCACCGGCCAGAGCACCAUCAGCACUCAUCGUUCCCUGCUCCCCCCGCUGCGCCCACCAUCACAACUCUUCCUCCUCCGGACACCCCCACUGGAUGAUUGUUCUACUGCGGCUAUUUUGUGGCUGGAUUCAUCUAUGGUGUAUGCUUGGUUGGCUGGUUGUGGAUAUGAAAAAGCUUCACUAUGCUGACACAUGCAAGUGUGCCCCUGAUUUCCCCCUUUUCUGAAGAGCGUUGUGUGUCUUUUUAUUUCCAUGGCAAUCUUUGUGCAUGGUUGUUGCGUAUUGGAUGAACCUUGGUUAUAUUUUUUUUUUUAGAUUGUAGCACCGGUAAAGUU